ACACGCUGAUUAUGCUUGUCUUCUCUUGUCACUGUAGUUCGCCGAUCGCCAUAUCGCCAUAUUGAUUUAGUGAAGGAAAAGACAGAAACUGUGUGUGCCGUUUAAAAAAAAAAUUGAUUUUUUCUGAAACUAAAUUUUUCUCAUCAAAGUAAAAUUUGUACAGUGAAACAUUAUUGUGAGUGGAAUGUUUUUAUAAUCUAGGAAAAAAUCCAAAGACUGUAGGGUAUAGCGGUGUAGACAGUGUUGAGUUUAAAUAUUUGGGGAAAAACUGAUUAUAUUGGUUUUUCAAUUGAAGGUUCUUCGGGAUAUUUGGCAUAAAACGAAAAGUUUUUUUUUUUAAUCCAUCGAGGAAAACUGUGGAAAAAAUCUGCUUGAGGUUUAAUUAAAAUGUCGAACCAGCCACCUAAACAGCGGAUCCAAGUUCCGGACAGUCUUCGAGAUGUUUUACUAGAAUUUUCCAUAGCUUACCUCCUUGAACAGCCCGGUGAUGUUGUAGAUUAUGCAGUUGAAUUUUUUUCAAAGCUACAAGACAGCAGAAAAACAACAAUGGUGCAUGCCGAUGAAGUUCCAUCACCUGACGAAAGUAUUAUGUCAGUAGAUGAAGAACCACUAGUCAACCGAUUUGCGACACGUCGUAAAUCUGUAUUCGCUGAAACCUAUGAUCCAGAAAAUGAUGCAGAUGAAGAUGAAGGAGCUGUUGCCAUAUUCCCGAAAAGUGAUGAACAACGAUCUCGUCUAAUAGAAUCGGUCAGAAAUAUUCUACUGUUUCGAUCGCUUGACAAAGAACAGAUGAAUCAAGUUCUGGAUGCUAUGUUCGAAAGAAAAGUUACAGUGGACGAAACUGUAAUUCGACAGGGUGACGAUGGAGACAAUUUUUAUGUCAUUGAGUCUGGGACAUACAAAGCAUAUGUCGGUGAAAAUCAUAUUCAUACAUACAACAAUAGCGGGAGUUUCGGUGAACUUGCUCUUCUAUAUAACAUGCCCAGAGCGGCAACAAUUAAAGCUGAAACGGUCGGACAAUUGUGGGCUAUGGAUCGACAAACAUUCCGACGAAUUUUAUUGAAAUCUGCAUUUAGAAAGCGUAAAAUGUACGAAAGCCUUUUGGACACGGUGCCAAUGUUAAAAACUCUACAGUCAUACGAGAGAUUGAAUCUUGCUGAUGCUCUCGCACCUAAAUCGUUUAAAGCAAAUGAAAGGAUUAUCAAACAAGGCGAUGCCGCUGACGGUAUGUACUUCAUUGAAGAUGGCACAGUAUCAAUUCGUCUCGAUCAAGAUGACGGCGAAGUGGAAAUAUCGCGACUCAGUAAAGGAGCUUACUUCGGUGAAUUGGCCUUGGUAACGCAUCGGCCACGAGCUGCAUCAGCCUAUGCUGUUGAAAAUGUCAAAGUUGCAUUCUUGGAUGUGGAUGCAUUUGAACGGCUCUUAGGCCCAUGUAUGGAUAUUAUGAAACGAAACAUUGGUGAUUACGAGGCUCAACUAAUCAAAAUCUUUGGCAGCAAGAAUAACAUCAAAGACGUUCGAUAAAUGUUUCGCAAUCAAAUAUUGAUCGUUUUUAAUGAGUAAAAUGAGGAAAAUAAUUUGUUUUUUGAAAAUGAAUUGGAAAAUGAAUUGAAAAGAUAGAGAAAAUGGAUUGAAAAGAAAGAGAAAGAGAAGUAAACACACAAAGAGAAACACACACAUAAAAUAAGAUGAAAAUAAAUGUUUAAUGAAUAAGGAAACCAAUAUCAAGAAAUUAAAAAAAAAAAAUUAAUUUACAAAAAAAAAAUGGAAAAUUUUAAAUGAAAAAAAAUUAAAAGUGAAAAGCCGGUGUAUUGGUUGUUAUAAAAUAAUUUAUUUUUGUGAUCUGUUAUUUGUCAUUUAGUGAGAAAAAAGAAAAUGAAAAAAAGAAGAAAAAAUUCAAAUCGUAAUUAUUGUAAAUUUAUUGUCCAAAAAAUAAUAAAUAAAAAAAAAAAACCAAAAUGAAAAUUUUGAAGUUAAUCAAACCAAAUUUGACGUGAAGGAAAAAAAAUUAUUACUCGAGUCAUAAAUAAGUAUUUUAUGGAAAUGUGUGAAUGUAUUGAAAAUAAACAAACAAAAUUGCAUGACUUUAAACAAAAAAAUUAAUUUUAUAAAACCAAAACAAACAAAAAAAAAUGAAAUGAAAACUUAAACCUAAAAUUAAAUUUAAAAAAUGAAAAAAAAAAAAUAACAAGAAAUAACACUACUGAUUAUUAUAGAAGACAAGCACUAUGGAGUCUCGAUAGUUUCUCGUUUGUUUUUCAAUUCUCGAUAGUAUAAUAGUUUAACGCCAGACAGAGAGAAAAGAAAUAAAAACAAAAAAAAACUUCUGAGAAAGAAAAAUUAUCGCGCAAAAUAGUUUUUAUCUGUUGCCCCCUCCCCUUACUAAAUAUACAAACAUGUCUUUGAAAUGAAUAUAUAAUGUACAACCUGUACGAACAACCAGAACAAGAAGCAAUUUAAAAAAAAAAAACAAAAAAAAUUCUAGCAAUUUCGGUGUAUACAUUUCUAUGGCAAUAUUAUGUAAGUUUGAGUAAAAGAAAACACACAAAAAACAAACAAAAAUGAUGAAACAGUUCUUUCUGAACUUUUGUAACCUUUUGCAGACUCAUCGGUUAUCGACAGCGAUAUGAUAAAGGCGACGAGCUCUGUCUAAUUCGAUUGCAAAGACAAAAUGUUAACAAUUUAUGAGGUAAAAGAUUUUGUAUCGCAAUCUGUUCAAAAUGACUUGAAUGACUUAAAUUACAAUGCUUAUAAUGCUUGCCGUCUGCGAAAGGUUAAACUUAAAAACGACUGCGUCAGUUUUUAAACAAACAAAACAAAAAAUCUCAAUCUUAUUUCGAUAUGGAACAGCAAAACAAGUUAUUUUAAUUGCAAUGCAGUAACCCAAAACAAAAAAUCCAGCAUACAAUCAAGUUACUGCAAUGAAAGAUUUUAAUUAUUAAUCCUUAAUGAAAAAAAAAAACAUUUUUGAGAAGAGCUUACUUAUACAUAACUAAGAUUUAAAAUGAAGAGUCUAUUUAAUAAUGAA